UGCUGAGUGCGGCGUUAAACAACAAACAAUUUGUCGAUUUGUUUAGCAAUAAUGCUCUUCUCAGUAGCAUUGAAUUGAAUUUCUUAAAUUUCGCCAAAUUAGUCGGAUGGUGUUUUGUAUCAAAACUUAUACGAAAACCAGAAACAGUUUGUUAGACAAAUCUGGCUAAUGUAAGUUUAACACACUCGUGGAGAAAACACUGAAUUCUGCGCGCGUUAUCACACAGACACAUAACAGCUCACCAGGGCUGUUGUCUAACAUCUCGGAAAUCCUCCAACGAGUGGAAACGUCCGCACAACCGAGCCAGACUGAAUUGCAGGUGACUGCUACUCUCUCUUCGGGCCGACACGGGCAUUCGUAAACAAGGGGUUCUUGCAAGAAGUGUCCAUAGCGAGGUUGGCCUGACGUUUUGCCUUAUAUGGAUAUGACUGACGCAACACCAAUCACCAUGGUAACAGACCAUGAAAACUUCACCGUGCACACCAAUGUGACAACCUUUAUAUAUCCAGCAGAAUAUUACAAGUUGAAUGCAUUAAUAACCUUCCUCAACACCUACUACAUAUGGAUUAUAUUUGCAUUUGGGUUUCCAGGAAAUACUCUCAGUUUGUUUGUCAUCUUUAGAAUGUCGAAGACUGGAUUGACAACGUCGUUAUUCUACGUAGCGGUGCUGAGUUCUGUAGACAAUAUCACCAUCAUCUUAAAGAUUAUAGAAAACCAGACCCGACAAAUGAAGAUGUCGAUCGAUGAAACGGGAUGUCAGUUUCUGUUUUUCUUUGGUUUAACAUGCGCAGCAUCUGCAAACUGGACACUGAUCGUAAUAUCAGCAGAGCGGUUCACAGCGGUGGCGUUGCCGUUCAAGGUGGCGUUGGUGUGGUCGUUGAAGCGGGCAGUUGUCAUUAUCGUCGGCGUCGUCGUAUUCCUCUGCUUCAUCCACAGCCACAUCUUCAUCACAGUCACUCAUUACGAACACUACACGUGUACAGUCAAAGAACGGUUUCACAAAUAUCUAAUGAUCUGGUUCUUCAUCAGUGCUUCCGUUUUCGCCUUCAUCCCUGCCGGGUUCCUAAUUGUAUUAAACGCCCUCACUGUUUUGAUAAUGCGCAGAUCCACAACAAGACGCCAAAUCAUGACGUCGGCAUAUGGCCAUGUUCAUCGCGCAGCGCGGCGUCAGGAACGACAUAUAACCGUCAUGCUCGUCGCUCUCGCCAUCGGCUUCCUCGUCCUCAACAUCCCACGUUGCGUGUACGUAAUCGCCUACAACUACAUCUGCUCGAGUGACGAGGACGUUAUGUGUAGUACAAGAAGAGGGUUUGUUAACAUAUUGACCACACAAAUCGCGGACUCGAACCACGCCAUCAAUUUCUACCUGUACUUCAUGACGGGGAGAAAGUUUCGAGCGCAAACUCUGAAGUUAUUCCAAUGCAGAAGAGCAACAUUCUUGUCCAGCGGCCCCUCGCAAUCGUCAGAGAUCCCCUUCACAGAGUCAAGCUAAUAUUGUUAUCGGGUGUCUUUCACAAAUUUACACUUUUAAUAUUUAUGUGAUUUUAGCUAUCGCGGAAUUCCGUCAUGACCUCGAUUGUCUCAAUGAUCCUGUUCUGGUGACCACGGAAAUGCAGACUAAAACUUAUUUUAAAGGAAAUGGGCUACCUCGGCAGUGUAGUGGAUAGAGCCUGCCCGGGGAGCGGGAGAUCGGUUGUUCGAUCUCCUAGCUUUUAAACACCAAAAGACGUUAAAAGAUAAUACUUGUUGUUACCCUGCCUGACGCUCGGCAUUAAGGAGAAAACUGAAGGACUGGUCGGCCUGGAGUCAGUAUACUGCGUCUAGUUGGGGAAUUCAUGUUCAACCGUGGCAUGGCAUCUCAGUGGGAUAACGCUGCAAAAUCGUCAAAAGUCCAAACAAGUACACACACACACACACACACACACACGCACGCACGCACGCACACACGCACGCACGCACGCACGCACGCACGCACGCACACACACGCGCGCACACAC